CAUUAAAUCUGUAAACCAGAGUGGCAUCAAACCAUGUCUGGCGGGAAAAUGAUUUAUCAUCACUUCCGGUCACGUGACAAGUUGCUAAGUGCUCCGUAGAUUUGUCACGCACGAGUAAAACUUUCCGGUUCUCUACGACAAAAUGGAGCAAAUUUUUCUUGUUCAGCUCCUGUUUUUAUCGAGCCUUAUUAUUUCUUUAGCGGCGGUAGAUAUCACCCUAAAGAACGAUGAUUUAAUCCACUCGCCGUUCUCUGAGGAAUUGGGAAACGACGCGAAUCUGGAUGGGCCAAAAGUUUUUACGAAGGAGGAGCUGUCGGUAUACGACGGAACGAAUCCUGAUCUUCCCAUCUACGUAGCGAUCAAAGGGAUUGUAUUCGAUGUCUCAGAAUCGAAAAAAGCUUAUGGACCCGGAGGAUCCUACAACAAGUUCACUGGCAAGGAUGCAUCAAGACUCAAAUUUGUUUCUGAGUAA